AUGAAUUAAAUAACAUUAAUAUUAUUGAUCUCCAUUUUUGGAGUGAAUGGAUAUAUUUAGACUGAAAGAUGGUUUGAAUAAUAAUUGAUUGAUCAUUAUGAUAGAACUAACAAAUAAACUUUUAGAUAAAGAUAUUGGACAGUUGAAGAAUACUUCUAGCCAGAAGGUGGAGCAAUAUUAUUUUGGAUCUGUGGAGAAUACACAUGUAAUUUAAAAAAUAUAGAAUAACUAAAGGUCCAGGAAUAAGGAAAGAGAGACUAUUUCCAGUUGAAUUAGCAUAGACACAUAAAGCAUUGAUUGUAGUAUUGGAACAUAGAUUUUAUGGUAAAAGUAUGCCAUUUGAAAAAGAUGCAUUAAAAAUAGAGAAUUUAAAGUAAAAUAAUGAAUUAAUAAUAUAAGAUAUCUAGGUAUAAGAUAAGCAUUAGAUGAUUUAGCUUACUUUUAAUUGUAUAUUGUAUAAAAUAAAUUAUUUGGAGUAAAAUAAAGUAAUCCAUGGAUUGCAAUAGGAGGUUCAUAUCCUGGUGCAAUGGCUGCAUGGUAUAGAUAUCAAUACCCACAUUUAGUAGUUGGUGCAUUAGCAUCAUCUGCAGUUAUUUAAAUUCUUACAGAUUUUCCAAAAUUUGAUACAUAAGUUUAUUAAAGUGCUUUAAAAUCAGGAUAAGAAUGUGCUGAUAAUUUAAAGGCUUUAAAUUAAUAUGCAGAAGAUAAUCUAGAAACUAUAAGAAGGAGAUUGAAUGCAGAAAAAUUAACUGAGGAUGAAUUUUUAUUUUAUUUUACAGAUGCUAUCAUUUUAAAAGUUCAAUAUGGUGGAAGAAGUAGAUUAUGUAAUGAUUUGAAGGGGAAGACUAUUAAUGAAUAGAUGGAUUAUUUUAUAGAGAGAGCUCUAAUUGAGGAUAAUCCAUAAUCAUAUGGAUCAUAUUAUUUGAAGGAUGAUGUUUAUGAUGAAAAUAAUCUUAGAUCUUCGAGGUAAUGGAUGUAUCAAUGUUGUACAGAAGUUGGUUGGUGGUAAAUAGCACCAGAUUAAAAUUCUUUGAGAUCUAAUAGAUUAGAUAUUGAAUUUUAUAAAUAACAUUGUAAAAAUAUAUUUGGUGAGGAAUUGAAAUUAUGGCCAGAUGAAGAUAAAGGAAAUGCUUAUUUUGGAGGAUUUGAUUUAUCAAUUGAUAAUAUAAUAUUUACUAAUGGUGAUGAAGAUCCAUGGAAAUGGGUGAGUAUAAUUGAAUAAUAAGGAAAUAUGAAUGUAUAUCAUAUUAAUUGUACUGAUGCUGGACAUUGUGUUGAAUUGUAUACACCUACUGAUUAAGAUUGUGAUUAAUUGAAAUAAGCUAGGAUAGAAAUUUCUUAAAUAUUUGGUAAUUGGAUUAGAGAUCACUAUUCAAAAUAAGAAUUAUGA